AUGGAUGGGGAUUUAAGCCUGUCGCAAUCCUUUGGGGGCCUGCGGAUUGCGAAUCCGGACGACUCCUCCGUCAAGUCGAUAGACAAGACUCCAAGUUCUGCUGGUACAUCCACUCAUCCUCCCCGAUCCCAAUCGCCCACCAGAGUCGAGGAACAAAUUCCGUCCCAUCCUGAGAUAAACACCCAUUCGUCCUCCAAACCCCAAGACUCUUUCCCCAAGACCCAGAGCAACAGAUUGUCCGUGGGAUAUGGAUAUCAGAACCCUUUACCCACCCAGCAGCAGCAAUAUUCCACGUAUGCUACUCCAACAUCUCAGACCCCAAGCCCCUCCACCCCCCAAAGUGCGGGGCGUCCACCGUCAACAUACCAUACACAGCCUCUGACCAAUGGGUCGUCUUCAAAUCUUGCUCCUAAGGAGGGAUAUCGACUUCGUACGGAGUCAUCCGCUUCUUCUACGUCCGACAGUCAAUCACGAUCGGAUUCUCGUGGUGGAUCCGCAGCUCUUCAAGCCGGAGUCCCAGUGCGAGACAGUAGCCAUUCUGAGAGAUCAUACAUCCAGACGCAGUUUCACAGCGGCAGCUCCCCACUGCCACCGAGGCGGAGCUCUCGAGUAACACAUCAUAACGGCACUUCCCCGCUCUCUGGCUCUCCGUACGGCCUCGAGGGUGUCGGGCUUUCAAGUAGUGAAGAAUGGCAGGAGCGUGGGGCAGCCGUGGGUGUACGACAAGAAAUUGACGCAAAUGGCAAACCCGUUUCGAGAUUCGUGAAGAAAGGCGUUAGAGAUUUCUCCUUUGGCCGCACACUCGGUGAGGGAUCAUACAGUACAGUCGUUGCGGCUACGGACCGCCAAACCUUGAAAGAAUACGCCAUAAAGAUACUCGACAAACGGCAUAUUAUUAAGGAAAAGAAAGUGAAGUAUGUUAACAUCGAGAAGGAUACAUUAAACAGAUUGACCGAUCAUCCUGGUGUUGUUCGAUUAUACUAUACAUUCCAGGAUGAGCGAUCCCUUUAUUUUGUCCUCGACCUUGCGAGUGGAGGAGAGCUAUUAGGUGUGUUGAAGCGGAUGUCAUCGUUUGACGAAGAAUGCACUAGAUUCUACGGGGCGCAGAUUCUUGAUACAAUUGACUACAUGCACAGGCGCGGAGUUAUUCAUCGAGAUCUAAAACCAGAAAACGUGCUACUUGACAGCCAGAUGCACGUGAAAAUCACUGACUUUGGCACAGCUAAAAUACUGGAUCGUCCAAAACGACAGGAAGAGAAUUCGAGUGGUAUCCCACAGAUGGACUCUGACGGUGCUGAUCGGGAUCGGGCCAACUCUUUUGUGGGAACUGCUGAGUAUGUCAGUCCGGAGCUUCUCACAGACAAGAGUGCCUACAAGGCAAGUGAUUUGUGGGCUUUUGGAUGUAUCAUCUACCAAUUAAUAGCUGGACGACCUCCGUUCAAAGCUGCGAAUGAAUAUCAAACGUUUCAAAAAAUUGUUGGCCUUGAGUAUGAAUUCCCUCCCGGAUUUCCAUCAGUUGCGCGAGAUUUGGUGGAACGGUUACUUGUUCUUGAUCCGUCGAGGCGCUUGCAAAUGGAACACAUUAAAAACCAUGAAUUUUUCGAUGGCAUCGUUUGGGGUCGUGGUCUUUGGAAACAAAAAGCACCGCGUUUAAAGCCAUAUGUUCCGCCACCACCAGAGCCAAUUAAACUCAACGGUUCCAGUAAGGACGACAGUUUCCCCCCAAACAUCACAAAGGGUUUUGGAUCUUCAGGCAACUCAGGGAGCGCAAGGCCGUAUCCACGCCUGGUUACCGAUCUCCCACCUCCUUCCCAACUUGAUAUUGAGUGGUCUCCUGUCUUGACUCGAACCAACGAGCGUAUAUUGAAAAUGGGCAAUUUAACUGUUCUUUCUUCCCCCGCUCCUCACAAUGGGCACACAAAAGGUGGGCAUGGCGAUGGUGAUGCUCCCAAGAAAUUUUCGCGAUUUUUUGGAGGAAACACGACCAAGAAGCGUCAGCGGUUAGUUAUGGUUACCUCUGCUGGUCGUGUCAUUAUUGUGCCUGCUGGUGGAGGAGAGAAGAAAGCAAAAAUGGAUAUCUCUCUCCUAGCCCCCGGCGCACAAUAUCGAAGCACCACCGAUGCGAAAGGUUAUUCAUCGUGGGUAGUAGAUACGCGCGAGAAACACUACGUUUUUGAAGAUGCAAGGCCAUUGUCAUCGGAUCUUGCAGCAUCUGCUCUCUCUACACAAGAAUGGAUCGAUAUACUAGAUCGUGCCAAAGAGCUGGCCCAAUUCCAAACGUCGAAUAGUCCUUACGGCGAUGAUGCCUUGAGGGAUCUAUCGUCUGGCGUUUCUAGCCAUGCCAACACUAUUGACCAUUCCGAUGAUUUCUCCGCCAACGUCAAUGCGUCCCAAGCAAGUGGAAGAGCCAUGCUUGUCAAACAUCAUGCCACAGGCGAUUCGGAAUCUGUGAAGGGAAAAAAGCGAUUCAGCCGACGCCAUUCGAAGAACGGAUUGUCCGCUGUCUUCUGACACUAUUUUUCUAUUCAGCCUUGCAUUUGAACGAACUACAGAAACUCCACAUCCAACCCACCAAGUGCAAAACGGGUUGGCUGGGUUUUCAGGUUGUCCAUUUGGCGUUUCCCGAUAACACAAAAGCUUCACUAUAUUUGCAUAUUGAACAGGUUUGAAGUCUCACGUCCUCUUCUGCGUGGUUCUGUUUUUGUUCCUUUUCCGCCAUGUCUUCUUUAUUUCCUCACCAUCCAUACUUUCAGGCAUUGCACAGCGUAUACAGCCCACACUCACACCGUUUAUAUACUCUUCUCUGCUUUCUCUUAUCUUCUCAUCUUCUCAUAUUUGUCUUGUCUCAACCAAAUCUGGUUGAGCUAUUUUUCCUUCUGAUUUUUCUCCUUCCUACUAUUUUAAUUCAUGAUCAAUCAUUUUAUUUUUCUUCUCACACCGUUCUAGCGAUGAUUUAUGAAUUCUCUUUACCCGCUGUUCGCCAAAUUCCGUCUUGGUUAUUUUCAUGUUUGGCGAAGCGUUUUAGUGAAGCGUUGUUAAGUUUAUCCAGCAACCCGUUUCCUUCUUCCCCCAUUUUCCCCGCCUUUAUUUUUAUUGCUUCUUAUCUACUUUGCAUUUUUGGCUGGAAAUAUAUCACAUUCAUUUUUCCC